CUGAAGCGGAGGGUGUAACUUGGCGACCUUAACCGCAAGGGUCUCUACCUAACUUUACAGUUUUUUCAGCGCCACUUUGGCGCAUAUGCGUUGGCUGACGGAACUAAAAUAUUGAAUCGUGCCUUUCGUGUGGUACGUUCUGAUGGUGCUCUCAACCACCUCUGUAAAAAGAAUGUUUUGCGAAAUGUUUGCGUAGUAUCUUUUCGUUCAAAAAAAAAAUCAAUUUGUAGGAAAGUUUAUUGCUCGGACUAAUUUACAUUUAAAACCGACGAAUCCAGUGCAUCGCUCGCCAUGGACAGGAGAAAAAUGUCUACAGCAGGGGAUUCCCUGUACCAGAUUUUGGAAAUCCCAAAAACUGCUACCUCAGAAGAAAUUAAAAAGACGUACAGAAAGCUGGCCCUCAAGUAUCAUCCUGACAAAAAUCCCAACAAUCCAGAGGCUGCUGAGAAGUUCAAAGAAAUAAAUAGGGCACAUGCUAUCCUGACAGAUUUAACAAAACGUAACAUAUAUGAUAACUAUGGAUCUCUUGGUCUAUAUGUCGCAGAACAAUUUGGAGAAGAGAAUGUUAAUGCUUACUUUGUUGUUACUUCUGGUUGGUGCAAGGCACUGUUCCUGUUUUGUGGACUAAUUACUGCUUGUUAUUGUUGCUGUUGUUGUUGCUGCUGUUGCAAUUUCUGUUGUGGUAAAUGCAAACCCACUCCACCUGAGGAUAGCGGUGAAUACCAUAAUUUACAGCGGAACCAGAAUCCAGACGGUGUUGUGACAAAUCAACCACGAGGGUUCGGAAAGGAAGACGAUAGCGAUGACGAAGCUGUGACAUCUCAGCCUCAAAGUGGCGCUGCGCAAAACGCGUCCAAUGCACAGCAACCGAUAUUUGCCAUGCCCGCACCCGGAUCAGCGGCACCAGCAUCAACUGUUAACGAAAGCACGAAUCUAAACAGCGGCGGUGAUCGCGUGAUUUAUACCACUGCGGCUUCCACAAAUCCAUUCAUAGGACCCAACGCAGCUACAACCGAUGCCGGACCAACCAGAUGGUAGACUGAAGAUAUGGAAAAGCCAUCGCGAACAUUGAACUCACAUUUAUAGUGCUAGGAAUCUCUACAAUCAAUUGACAUAGAUCAUAAGUUUAUAUAAUAUUUUAUAUAAUUGAUAUUUGUAUAUUUUAUCAAUUAUAUGUACAUAUAUGUGUGUGUGUAUAUGUAAUUGAUAAAAUGGAUUGUAAUGCAAUGAGAUUUGUUUUUUGUUUUUGCGCAGAUACAAUUUUUAUUAUUUUACAGACAAUUGUUU